GUUAUAUUGGCUGGUGACGUAGCCUGAGAGGAGAAAGAGAGAAUGUAUGUAGGUUUAGGAAGAUAUUGGCAUUUGAUUAUUUCAUAAUAAUUCCUUCCUAUUUUAGCUUCUCCAUCAUUUCUUCUUCUUCUUCGUCAUAGUUUAUUUCUUCUGUUCAAUCGGAUUCUCUCUGCUCAUCUCUUCUCUCAGAAAGGAAACCUCCGCGAGACAAUAUGAAGACAUCUCUCAGGAAAUUGCGAGGGUUCGCACUUCGCUAUGGUGAUUACAAGAGCCGAAGAGAUAUUCGCCCUUCGCCUCCCUCUGAUGAACUUGCUCAGGCUUCUAAGGAUAUGCAGGACAUUAGGAAUUGCUAUGAUAGCUUACUUUCUGCGGCUGCAGCAACUGCUAAUAGUGCAUAUGAAUUCUCAGAAUCAUUGCAUGAAAUGGGUGCGUGUCUUCUGGAGAAAACUUCAUUGAAUGAUGAUGAAGAAAGUGGUAAAGUAUUACUGAUGCUGGGAAAAGUGCAGUUUGAACUCCAGAAGCUUGUUGAUAGCUAUCGUUCUCACAUAUUCCAGACAAUUACAAUCCCAUCAGAAUCUCUUAUCAAUGAACUUCAAACUGUUGAGGACAUGAAGCGACAAUGUGAGGAGAAAAGGAAUGCGUAUGAAUACAUGAUAAUGAGGCAAAGAGAAAAAGGAAGGGGAAGAAGUGGGAAAGCAGAGACUUUUUCUUUGCAGCAGUUACAGGCAGCUCAUGAUGAAUAUGAUGAGGAGACAACCUUAUUCUUUUUCCGUCUGAAAUCCCUGAAGCAGGGACAAUCUCGAAGUCUUCUUACACAGGCAGCACGGCACCAUGCUGCUCAGUUGUGCUUUUUCAAGAAGGCUCUUAAAUCUCUUGAAGAACUUGAGCCACAUGUGAAAUUAGUCACUGAACAGCAACAUAUAGAUUACCACUUCACUGGACUUGAAGAUGAUGACAGAGAUGAUGUUGAUGGUGACAAUGAUGAAGAUGAUGAUACCUAUGACGCACCUGAUGACGGGGAAUUAAGUUUUGACCGUGGACAGAAUGACCAGGAACGAGAUGUUGUUUCUACAGAACAAAACUCAAUGGAGUUGGAUAUGAUGGAUGUUACAUUUCCCCAAGCUGCAACUUUACAUGUCGCAAAGGAAAGUCUUGAUAGCAGAUAUGAGAAAUCUUUUUCUUUUAAAGGAGAAAACAGGAAAAUAAGCCAGUCAGCACCUCUUUUUGCUGAAAAUAAAUCUGAUCCAGCUGAAAGGUUGAAACAGAUGCAGCCAUCAUCUUCCAGAAGGCUCAACACAUACGUACUGCCUACCCCAGUUGAGCCAAAGAGCUCGAACACUACAGCAACAGGUAGUCAAGUUCAUCAAAAUUUAAAGACAGGUUUGAGUGGGCACAAUUUGUGGCAUUCAUCCCCUCUAGAACAAAAAAAAUGUGAAAAAUUAACCGGAGAUGAUAAAUUUUGUGGAUCCACUGUUAAAAAUGCACAUUCAGUGCUCAGGAAAAGCAACAAAAAUACUGCUUCCACUCAAUUACCUCCUCCUUUGGCUGAGGGGCUCUUGAUUUCAAGGUUAGAUUCCAAGAAAAUCAAAAGAUUUUCUUUCUCGGGUCCUAUUCCAAGUAAGUCAUGGCCUACAAAACCAGUUAACACGGAGCCUCCUGGAUCAUUCUCGGGAUCCCUUUUUCAGAACCCAACAGUGCAACUACCUUCUUCUCCUAAAGUAUCUCCUAAGGUAUCUCCAACAGCUUCCCCUACUUUUGUGUCCUCUCCUAAAAUAAGUGAACUUCAUGAGCUUCCUAGGCCGCCAUCCAGUUCAACCCCAAAAUCUUCAAGGCCUUUGGCUGUUCAUUCAUCGCUAUUGGCGCCCAAAGGUCACAUGCAUCCUAGAGGUAAAUCGUUGGUGUCAAAUUCAGCAUCUCCACUGCCAACACCUUCCCAUGUUGUAUCUCGCAGUUUCUCCAUACCAUCCAGCAGUUUUAGAGCAAUGGCAAUGAAUAUCUCUAAGCCCCUGGAAACUACUCAGAAUUCAGAGAUGCCUCAAGCUAAGGUCUCUCCUCCUUUAACACCAGUAUCUUUAUCAAACAUCCAACCAUGAUUAACUGUUUCCAAGGAUGUCAAUCAGGCUAUUCAAAUCAGAGGUAAUGCGGAAUCUGGUGCUUUUGUAUGUCAUAUAGUUUGAGAUAAAUUUUGCUAAGAUAUAUGCCUGGCAGAGGAGGGUUCUUGUUUUGGUAAUUGGAAGGGGCUAGCAUUUCCAAAAACUAACCUUACACCUUUCAGGUUUAGUGAUGCCAAUAAUGUUGCUCAAUGUGCAUGAAAAAUAUUCUAUGGGGAGGGCUUGGAAAAUUCUGUCGUGAGCUGGAAAAAAAAAUAUUAGCCAGUCAUUCUGAAUGGAAAACCGUUUCUGUAUUGAUGUUGUAAAUAUUUUUAUACUUACCAAAAUGCCAACAUCAUGAUAUAUAUGAAUAAGAUAGUUAUGAAAUGAGUUGACAAAUGUCCAAUCAAAGUUCAUUCAUUUGUGAUUGAUGGUGGGAAUAGCUGAAAUAGUUGUUCAAGGAAAGACAAUUUUCUAUUCUAUCCUCCUCUGUUUAUGUGGAUAGGUAUGAGGGAAUGGAACUUGUUUAUUACCUUGGACUUCGUCUUCAGUGCUCCUCAAGAUACCCCAGUUGCCCAAUCUUUUAAGUCACGGACCUAUUUCAGCUUCUUGUUAGGGAUGCUAUAGAAGAUAUUUUACUCCAUGCAAUCUGCCAAAGCCCAUGUGCAAACUAUAGCUGGUAUGCUGUUAAGGCAGCAAUCUCAGCCACUCCACAUUACCCUACUGUGCUUAAUGUUGGAACAAAAACAGUUGCUUGGAUGGGAUUCCUCAAGUACAAAGGAAAAGAUAACAAAACAUGAAGGUAUGGAAGAUAGCAAACUACGAAUGUGACAUAGCAGACAUGAGUUUGUAUCUGAAACCCGUGACAUGAGCAAAGCACUCUUUAGAUCAGUAGCAAGAAGCUGAGGCCGCAGGCGCAUAGAUUAAUUGCCCUCUCAAGACAUUUUGGACGGCAAAAUGCUUUACUCAGAUAUUUAUGUCACUGGUUGUUUGGAAGUGAUGGGUUCUUGGUUAGCACUAUUAAUUAUGUGAAUUCUGUAUUUUGAUGUGGGAAGUUGUUCGUUCCUUAUUUGGUGAGAAGAAGUUAUAGUAGGAAAUUUUAGUUGAGUGUAUUUUUUCAUCUCAUCAUUUUUUGUUCCCUCUUUUAUGGGUGGAUAAAUUCGUUGGUCUUUCAUGCACGCGCACACACACACACCCGGAGGCGCAUGUCGGCACAUGCACAAACUAGCACAAGAAACCAAAUAUUUAUGAAGUUUAUCAUUAGUUCUACCCCCCACCUUUCCAGCUCUAUUUGUAUCCUGGACUGGUGUAGCAUUUUUCUGUUCCUAAUAACAUGCUUGAUGGGUACAGGUGCAGAUUGAUUUUAUCCGUUGCGGGCUUAAUUUUGUUUUCAGCAACUAAAAGUUGGGCAUUUGAGAUUCUCCCCCCAUGUCAAGUAGGUGCGUUGCAGAUAUGUGAAUAUAAUCUGUCUUCCAUUUUCGUUUAGCAUUUUUUUUCUUCUGCUAAUGCAUUUUUAAUUUUUAUAAUGAGCGCUUGGCAUGAAUUAAUUGAAUAAUUGCCUUGAUGUUUCAUCGUUGAAAAAAUUUUGUAUUUUCCCAAAUAAUUAAUAGCCAAAUUCAUUGUUCUCGCUGCUCCUUCCUAUUCUAUCUAAGAUCAGUGUCGCCGUGCAAUUGAUCUUCUGCUGGCAGAUUGACAUAUACCAAUUUAUCAUUUGUUGAUCCUUCUGAAGGAAAAGGAAAAUAAGGAAUUUAUCCAUGUAUGGUGAAGCACACUGCACACCAGUGUUGGGGGCCUUCUAAUCUCUCCCUCGCUCUCUAUGAGGAUUGUGGGACGAUCCUCAUAUUCCUCCACCGAUUACAUGAACAAGUUUUCUUAAGUAGUACUGUUCUUUAGAAAUUAUUGUUGUCUCAUUAUAAUCUUGUUUAAAAUGAUUCAAUUUGUAAUAAAAUAAUUCAAUUGAAUUUUUACAAAAUAACAUUCUUAAUUCUAAACUAAAAAUUUUAACUCAGAACCAAAAUAUUUAUACACGUAGAAAAUAUAAGGCUACCAAUAUGCAUUAUAUGAUAUUUGUCGAAUGUAGGGAAGAUUUCCUCUAUAAUAAAGUAUCUAAGUAUUUCUCAUAUAUGAGAGAGAAGCUUGGUGAUUGAUGCUCCUUUGCAUUUUAAUUGCCUUUUUUCUUUUUGCAGCUUAUAUAUGAAAGCGAUAUAUGAACUACCUAAUUAAUUUCUUGAGCUGCUAUAGUAGCCGUGGAGGAAUCGCUCGGCACGAUUUCUUAGGAACCCAAGUUGUUUCAUUGAAAUAGCAGGAAAUAAUUCAUAAUCUCCCCUACGUUUAUUUAGGGAGGGCACCUGUUUAUUGUUUAACAUUCAUUUUGCUGUCCAGAUUGUGAAAGUAAAUUGGCAUCAUUACUCUCCUACCUGUCUUCACUGUCAAGAGGUAUUGUUGAAGAGUUAAUUGGCAAUUUCUUGUCGUUGAAAUGUUUGGUUCCAAUCUUUCGACGGCAACAUAUUCUAGACAAGCUGUAGGAAUCAGUAUUCAAUUUCUGUGAUUGCCUCCACAGUUAUUUCAUGUAAUUGUUGUCACUAAUUGUGUAAUAAGAGAGAUCUCAAUUUCACUAAGAACUGGGUAUUACAACU